AUACGUAGAAGAACAAACGAAGGAAGAUGACGAAGAAGAAGAAGAAGAAGAAGACGUCGAAGCCGGAAAACGCCAUUUUGUUGUUGGACUGGACCAGCGAAGAAGGACCGAGAAGCGCUAGUAAAGGUGAGUCAUCAUGGGGAAUUUUGCGAGCCUGUUUAAAGGGUUAUUUGGCAAGAAAGAGAUGAGGAUCCUGAUGGUCGGACUGGACGCUGCUGGAAAGACCACCAUCCUGUAUAAGCUCAAACUGGGAGAAAUUGUCACUACGAUCCCUACCAUCGGUUUUAACGUGGAGACGGUAGAAUUCAAGAACAUCAGCUUCACAGUGUGGGACGUCGGCGGUCAGGACAAGAUCAGGCCGCUCUGGAGGCACUACUUCCAAAACACGCAAGGCCUCAUCUUUGUAGUGGACAGCAAUGACAGGGAGCGCGUGGGCGAGGCCAAGGAGGAGCUGAUGCGGAUGCUGGCUGAGGAUGAGCUGAGGGACGCCGUGCUGCUUGUGUUCGCUAACAAACAGGACCUGCCCAACGCCAUGAAUGCAGCCGAGAUCACGGACAAGCUGACCCUGCACUCCCUGCGUCACCGCAACUGGUACAUCCAAGCCACCUGUGCCACCAGCGGGGACGGCCUCUACGAGGGUCUGGACUGGCUCUCGAGCCAGCUAAAAAACGCAAAAUGAUCCACCGCUCCCAACUCCCCCCCCUCCCUCCCCGUCUGCAGUGUCCUGGGAGUCCGCACCGGCCCCGGUCUCUCUCUUUUCUCCAUUUCCUCUAAAGCGUCAGACCGGAGGCCGGUGCUCCCCUGCAUCUGUGUACUGUAUGGAUGUGUUGGAGUGAAUGAGUGUUUUGGGAUGAACGAAUGCAUGCGUGUGUGUGUGUGUGUGAGAGCUAAGUGGGAGCAGCCCUGCUGUGCCUUGAACGCGGUUAGCUCUCAAGUCACCUCAUUCCCCCAGUGUCAGCACAUCCAAAGGCGCUGGUUUCUGCAAAGCAAAGAACAAGAUGUUGAGUGCUGUGUGUCAUCCGUCAAGAAUGUUUUGUAAGGAGAAAAGAACCAAAAGGUAACAUAAUAAUUCAGUUUUUACAUCUGCUAGUAACAUUAAGGCCUUUUUUUUUUUUUUUUUGAUAACUGCUUAUUCAUCUUGCGAACACAUGCAAUAUACCACAAUGUAACUUUGUCAUUAUUGGUCAAAUAAAAUGUGACAUCUGACAUCCUGGAGCAGUUCACAUUCUUUAAAAAAUGUUUGACUUUAGGGGCAUCUUAAAAAUAAUAUUAAAUCCUGUUAAUGGGUCAUAUUCAGCUUCAGUUACUGAGGGGAUUAUUUUUAUUUUUUAUUUUUUUUAAAUGAGUUCUGAAAUGUGUCACUUAUGGCUCAUUAUGUCUUGUUUUUCCACCCUGUCGAUUAAAUGACUCAUUCUGUCCGAGUCUAGAAAAGGCAAUAAAUGUUUCAGCACAUGUUUACAUGAUGAUGGUGGUGUGUGUGUGUGUGUAGCGGAUGGCGGAUGUGUGUAUCCUCUGUGUUUGAGCUACACCCAGCCCCAUUAGAACAACCCUGCCCUUUUUAGAGUUGCUCCCACUCUGGCUUUUUUUUAAAUUUUAUUUACUGGUAGGCUUAUUUUACUUUUGUAUGUAGUUGUUUGGUUAGGGUCUAUUUUAUUUUUGUUGUAUUUUAAUAUUGGUAUUGUUGAUCCAUGCCGUGAGCUGAAUGUUCCCGGGACCAAUUGUUUUGCCGAGAAAGGGCUCAUUGUGUUCAGUUUCGGAUUCAGACACACGCGCGUACACAACGUUGGCCGCAUUGCCGCCGCCGCCGCCGCCGCUUGAGACAGUACGUUUGCAUCAGAAGUUAUCGGUCAGCUCUGUAAAUGCUUCCUCAGUGCUUCGGGCUUUAUGGUGUUUUCCGUGCGUGUAGCUGCAACGCGUCCCCCCUCGCUGUUAUUGAGAUCAAAUUAUACCAUUUGCACAGCGCAGCAGUUUUAUCUUCCCAGCCACAGCCGAGAACCCGCACACAAUAAACUCAUUGUUCUUCACCAGCAGACGGCAGAAAUGUACAAGUAAGAAUGUCGCGCCGGCUCGGGCAGAAUUGGUUCCUCUCAGAUGCGUCGAUCCCCAAAGGCUCCUGUGAUUAAUAGGGAAACUGUCUUGAGCGGUGCACGCCCCUUACUUACCGAGAGACUGGUCACAUAAUUACACUGACCUCAAAAAGGGACACUCAUGUUCCCUUUUUAUCUUCUGCAACUGGACGUUUAUAUAUAGUUUUUGUUGUUUUUUUUUUUGUUGUUUUUUUUAAGCUGUGUAACUGAUUAGUCUUCAUCCUUAUGGUAAUUCUUAUGUAUCUGAUCGGUAGAGACGCAAUCUGGUAAACGACAAGAGAUCCAAAUGUAUAUUCAACCCUGUAAGUGUGUUUAAAACUUCAUCCACUUAGUCUUUUGUUCAGAUGUGAAGCUUUAAUUUUGGUUUCCGUACAAAUGACGUGGCGUGUGCAUAUGUGUGAUUACCCUUUACGCUUUUUUUUUGUUUGUUUUUUUUUAGGCUCAUCUUCUAACAUCUGAUAAAUGCACUAUAAUAAUAAAGAGAUCUCUAUUGUACAUCUUC